AUGAGAACAGAGAAAGCACGAUCGAUCGCUCUCCUCGAAGCUAAAGGUGUGGAGAAAUACGAAAUCGUGCUGCUGGAUUUGCAUCCUGAGCGCUGGGAAGAAAUGGCAUCAGUGAGUCGAAGUAAGCGUCUCCCCCAGGUGCACGUGGCCAACCUUUUCUUUGGUUUGGACUUCACUAUUAUUAUGGAAGCGUUUGGAAAUGCUACCACGUCGAUGUGCCUUAAUUCGUCAAGGUUUGGAAAAGUGGCAACUCUGCAAGUUGCCUUUGGGUUUCAUCCUUUGGAGUUUCAGAUUUGUGGCUGUCACAUAUCGCCAUUUUUACUUGAAAAAUCCCGCGUUACAAGUGAAAGAGGUCGUGAAGCUGGAGACCAGAAUGAAUUGAACUUUCGCGUACUGUACGCGAUGGUGGCCGGUGUCAACGCCUUUUCCUUUAUGCGGUUGCUAGCGAAGGAGUUGCAUUUCGAUGGUGUAAAGUGCUUCGCGUUUACUUAUCUCGGUCGCAGCGACCACAAGCUGGCAGAGCAAAUGAGCAAAGAGGAAACGUGGAAAAAGGAUGUGGAAAGAUGGCAGCAGAUUAUUGAUGGGCUAGAUGAGCUGAACGUAUCCCCAGACGAGCAGAAGGCAAUUUUUAAAGUGCUAAGUGCUGUUCUGUGGCUUGGAAAUAUUGAGCUUGACUAUCCUGAGACAUCGGGGAAGCUUUUGAUGUCUUCUACAUGGACGGGGGUGCCUAAUGCACCUCAAAGAGUGGUGGAACUUUUAGAGUUGGGAUCAGUGGAGAAAUUGAAACGAAUGAUGAUGACAAGAAGUGUAAGUUUGCAAUGGACGAGUGAAGCAUUCGAGGUGACUCUGGAGCAGGGUCAGGUAAAGCAUGUUCGAGACACACUCGUACGUUUGUUAUACCAGCUCGCGUUCGAGUACAUCGUUACCGCUAGGAACCAAGCAACAAAAAUUAGUGGUUCAUGCACUGAUAGGAAUGAGCUUCGUGUGGACUCCAACCCGAUUAUCCCACCAGACAUUUCACUGCUGAAGAUUGUCGACGUAUUUGGCUUUGAAGACCUCUCGCAUAACUCACUGGAUAGGGAAGAACAAGUGGUUACAGCUGCCUACAAUAACCGACCGUAUUCGUCUGUCCGUGACAAGGACACAGACGAGCUGACUAUUCUUCACCAAAGCGAAAACGUGAACGCGCAGCAAGAGGAAAAACGGAACAGAUUGUUUGUACGCAACAUCUACGACCGCAAUCCGUCUCGAUUACCUGAACCGCCUCGCGCCUUAAACAAGGGAAAUCUUCGAUUUACUGUAUUGCCGAACAAAUUACCCUUUAUAAUCCCGUACACACGUGGAAACGUUAAUUUCGUGAAGAAAAACUCGGACUUUGUCUACUCAAGCCUGUUGGUGGGGCUCGAGGCGUCGACUAAUCCUCAUUUCUGUCGAAUGCUUGCGGAAAGCAAUCAAGUGGUUUCGCUCUCACGUUAA